AUGCUCAAGGCUCUCCUCCUGGGAUGUCUCGCCGUGCCUUCCGCCUCGGCCCGCCUCACGGCGCACCGUGCGCCAGCCAUACUCUCGGCCAGCCCUGCCGGCCUGCGCGGCGGCCGCGCAUGUGCAACCGUGGUGGAGCCCUCUGCUGAGCCGCUGCUGCGCAUUGGCCACGGGUACGACAUCCACCGCAUGGCGUCGCGCGAGGAGGCCGGUCAGCCCGUCAUCAUCGGCGGCGUCAAAUUCGACGGCUCCGACGCGCCAGAUUUCAAUCUCGGCUGCGUGGCGCACUCGGACGGCGACGUCGUGUACCACUCGGUGACGGACGCGAUCCUCGGCGCGCUCUCGAUGCCGGACAUAGGGCAGCUGUUUCCGGACAACGACCCGCGGCUUAAAGGUGCCGACUCGGAGGUGUUCAUGGAGGAGGCGUACGAGCGCAUGGUUGGGCGAGGAUACCGCGUGGGCAAUGUCGACGUGACGGUCAUCUGCCAAAAGCCGCGAAUCAACGUGGAGCACGCGGGCGGGCAGGUCAAGGCGCGGAUGAGCGCCAACCUGGCGAGGCUGCUGCGGGUCCCGCUCGGCCGCGUGAACGUCAAGGCGCGCACGCACGAGCUCGUCGAUUCGGUCGGCGAGUGCCGUGCUCUCGAGUGCCACGUCGUCCUCGUGAUGGAGCGAGACCCGGCCGCCGGCGCCGCGGCGGGCGCCGCGCCGGUGGAGGUAUGA